AGGGGAAGCUUUAAAAGGAAAAAAAAAAAACAAAACUUCUUAAUCUCCUUCAAAAACCCCCACCGAGAUGGAUUAAUAUUCAGAAAUAAAAUAACGAAAGAGAUGGGCAGUAAAAAAAAACCAGGAGCCAUGGCAGUAGGUGGUUUCAGUGAAACAGAGGAGGGUCUCCCUCUCAAAGGGCUAUUUAAAGGGGCCUCUUCUUCCUUCAUUUCUCAUUACAUUCAUCCAUUGCUUCUUUUCUUCUUCUAUUUCCUGCAUUGUUUCGUUUACUCUGUUUCCUUGAUCUCUUCUCCUUUCUUUCUUUCUUUGAUCUUUGAUCAGUUUCGGUUUCUGUGUUUUGGUGAUUCUUGAGGAAAAUCAGGUGCCUUAAAAAGGCUCAAAAGUUUGAAAAGAAGCCAUGGCCGAUCUUGCUUUGAAUCGCCUCCACAGCGUGAGGGAGCGCGUUAGUGAUGGCCUCUCAGCUCACACCAAUGUGUUGGUUGCCCUCUUCUCCAGGCUUGUGAACCAAGGGAAGGGGAUGCUUCAACCCCAUCAAUUGUUAGCCGAAUACGAAACCCUGAUAUCUGAAGACGAGAGGAAAAAGCUGAAAGAUGAGGCGUUUGAAGAUGUUAUCAAAGCAGCACAGGAAGGGAUAGUAAUUCCUCCAUGGGUUGCUCUUGCCAUUAGACCGAGGCCUGGAGUCUGGGAAUAUGUUCGGUUGAACAUAAAUGAACUAAAAGUAGAGGAACUUACAGUACCUGAAUACUUACAGUUUAAAGAACAACUUGUUGAAGAGAACACUGAAAAUAAUAACUUUGUGUUGGAAUUGGACUUUGAACCCUUCAAUGCUUCAUUUCCUCGUCCCUCGUUGUCAAAGUCCAUCGGUAAUGGAGUGCAGUUCCUUAACCGUCACCUCUCUGCAAAAUUGUUCCAUGAUAAAGAAAGCAUGUAUCCAUUGCUUAACUUUCUUAGGCAACACCACUAUAACGGAACAACGAUGAUGCUAAACGAUAGAGUACAAAGCCUUGGUGCUCUCCAGGAUGCACUUAGGAAAGCAGAGAAGUAUCUAUUAAGCAUUCCACAAGACACGCCAUAUUCUGAUUUCAAUUACAGAUUUCAAGAACUUGGCUUAGAGAAAGGUUGGGGUGACACUGCUCAGCGUACACAUGAUACAAUUCAUCUGCUUCUCGAUCUCCUCGAAGCCCCUGAUCCUUGUACCUUAGAGAAUUUUCUUAGCACAAUACCAAUGGUCUUUAAUGUUGUUAUCCUCUCUCCUCAUGGAUAUUUUGCUCAAGCUAAUGUUUUGGGAUACCCUGAUACUGGUGGACAGGUUGUCUACAUUUUGGACCAAGUCCGUGCCUUGGAAAACGAAAUGCUUCUUAGAAUAAAGCAACAGGGCCUCAAUAUCACUCCUAAAAUUCUAAUUGUGACUCGAUUGCUACCCGACGCUGUGGGGACCACUUGUGGCCAGCAUCUCGAGAAGGUUCUAGGAACUGAGCAUACACAUAUUCUUCGAGUUCCUUUUAGAUCAGAGAAGGGAAUUCUUCGUAAGUGGAUUUCACGAUUUGAGGUCUGGCCUUAUCUGGAGACAUAUACUGAGGAUGUUGCAAAUGAGUUGGCUCGAGAGUUGCAGGCUAUUCCAGAUUUGAUCAUUGGAAACUAUAGUGAUGGAAAUCUGGUUGCAUCUCUAUUGGCACAUAAACUAGGAGUUACUCAGUGUACUAUAGCUCAUGCUUUGGAGAAAACCAAGUAUCCAAACUCUGAUAUUUACUGGAAAAAGUUCGAAAAUCAGUACCAUUUCUCUUGCCAGUUUACGGCUGAUCUGAUUGCAAUGAAUCACACAGACUUCAUCAUCACUAGCACCUUUCAAGAGAUUGCCGGAAGUAAGGAUACUGUUGGUCAAUAUGAGUCUCAUACUGGCUUCACUCUUCCUGGAUUAUAUCGAGUUGUUCAUGGGAUCGAUGUCUUUGAUCCAAAGUUCAACAUUGUUUCUCCUGGAGCUGAUAUGUCCAUCUACUUCCCUUACUAUGAGGAGAGCAAGAGACUCACAUCUCUUCAUGCUGAAAUUGAGGAGCUCCUUUUCAGCUCAGUUGAGAAUAGUGAUCACAAGUUUGUGCUGAAGGAUAGGAACAAGCCCAUCAUCUUUUCAAUGGCAAGGUUGGACCGUGUCAAAAACAUAACGGGGUUGGUUGAGCUCUACGGUAGGAACCAACGGCUUAGGGAGCUUGUUAACCUUGUCGUGGUUGCUGGAGAUCACGGGAAAGAAUCAAAGGACAAAGAAGAGCAAGCAGAGUUGAAGAAGAUGUACAGUCUCAUAGAGGAGUACAAAUUGAAUGGUCAGAUACGUUGGAUCUCGGCUCAGAUGAAUCGGGUUAGAAACGGGGAGCUGUAUCGAUAUAUCUGUGAUACCAAAGGCGCCUUCGUGCAGCCUGCUUUCUACGAAGCAUUUGGACUAACAGUGGUUGAGUCCAUGACCUGUGGUCUGCCCACAUUCGCCACUUCUCAUGGAGGCCCUGCAGAGAUCAUUGUUCACGGUGUUUCAGGCUUCCACAUUGACCCCUACCAAGGCGAUAAAGCUGCUGAUCUCCUUGUUAGUUUCUUUGAGAAAUGCAAAGAAGAUCCAGCCCAUUGGGAGGAAAUCUCUAAAGGAGGAUUGAAGCGUAUCGAAGAGAAGUAUACAUGGAAGUUGUACUCUGAGAGACUGAUGACAUUGGCUGGUGUUUAUGGCUUUUGGAAGUAUGUUUCCAAACUUGAUAGGAGAGAGACUCGCCGAUAUAUUGAGAUGUUGUAUGCUCUCAAAUAUCGCAAUUUGGCUGGAUCAGUUCCUCUGGCUGUAGAUGGUGAGAGCACAGCAAAUGGAACCAAGUGAUGCAGGAGGAAGAAGGCUUUUCUUCUGUCAUUAUUGUAUUUGUUAUCAAAAAAUUGUGGGAGUUUGAUCUUUAUCUGAUUUAAGAUUUGAUGCUUUAUUGUUGUGAGCUUGCAUAAGGCUUCAAUGCCAAGUUUUUGUCAAAUGCAAAUUUCUUGCAUUUGCUAUGUGAGUUGAGCUAAGGAGUUGUAGUUGUUGAUUCCAGAAUACUGCAGGUUAUUUGUUCUCCUCAAGUUUGAUAAAAAAGAGUUCUUGCUUUUUGGUGAAAAA